AGCAAAAGGGACGCGUCCGCUUCUUUCGGUGGUUACACUCAUGUUGUUGAAGCUGUCCCCCAUGUUGCAGAGAGUGGUACGCGAGAUGAACCGGCUGGGCAUGCUGGUGGACCUGAGCCAUGCCAGCACGCAGACGGUGCGCGACGCUCUGGCCGUGUCGCGCGCGCCUCUUAUGUUCUCGCACUCGGCGGCGCACGCGCUCUGCAACAUCUCCCGCAACGUACCUGACUUCAUCCUGCAACAGCUGGCUCUUCAAGGUGGCAUCGUCAUGAUCAGCUUCUACAACCGCUUCCUGACCUGCGGGGACACGGCGACCAUGGAUGAUGUGAUAGCUCAUAUUGAGCGGGUGAGGAAGAUGGCCGGGGUAGACCAUGUUGGCCUUGGAGCCGGCUACGACGGAAUCAACCUGUGA